GGGAAGAGCUGGCAAAGACGGAAAAGAGGGAAAGAUAGGCAGGAGACACAGACGGAGACAGUGAGACAGACACGGAAAAACUGGGAGACACCCCUUAAAGAUAGCUUCAAAUCAUAUCUGGGAUUCAGUUACGCUACGAGGCGUCACUCUGAUGGCUGACAGUAGCAUAAAAACUGGAGAAGCUCUGUGACUGGCCUUUUUUCUUCUUUCACAACGAGGGGGUCAACACAGCCGCAUUGAUCCCAUCAUCCCAGGCUUUGUGGAUCACCUCACCCUCUUUAUCUAAAGAGAUUCCCCGUUGAUUGCUACUUCAUAACAAAGCCUAUGGAUUACAGAGGGUGUUGGAAAGGUUUUGAUCACAGCUAUGUCAAUACCGUGACCCAACCCAAGUGAAGAGGAGCUUCAGUUAUUUAUUUAAUUUUCUUUUGCUGGUUUUGCGAAUCAGUUUGACUGGGACUUUCAUCGGUUACAUGUUUUAUUUGAUCUGCUGCUUUUUUUGACCUAAACACACUCGCGCGCAGAACCCGGCUCUCCUUCCGCCACCAUGUACGGUAGCUCCCGUUCCGUCUCCAAGCUGGACGUCGUCGGCUCCAACGGUAAUGGUUCCAUGUCCGGGAGUCCCGGCCGCUCGCCACGCUUACCGCGCUCCCCCCGUUUGGGACACGGACGGAACAACAGCAGCAGCUCUAGCGGCGGACUCACCGGCACGGGAAAGACUCUGUCCAUGGAGAACAUUCAGUCCCUGAACGCUGCCUACGCCACUGGGGGUCCCAUGUACUUCACCGACACAGUUGAAGACCCCGUGGGGAGCAUGGGCAGCGGGCUGAAUCCCAGCGCGCCCAAAAGCACCAUGACCCUGGGGAGAGCCGGAGCCAGGGUGUCGUAUGGGGUGAGGGCAACGGUGAUGGGGAGCAGCCCGAAUAUAAACACAGGAGGAGGGGGGAGCAGCGCCGCCCUUUUGCCCGCUGAUGCCAUAUCAUUCGGAGGGGAGCUGCAGAACCAACCUCCACAAGCAGCCACCGUUCCUCACUCCAUGAGACAGGUCAGAGAAGGAGCAAUGUCAGACCUGCAAACGCAGCUAAGAGAAGUGCUUCGAGAAAACGAGCUGCUGCGCAGAGAGCUGGAGGGCAAAGAGUCCAAGCUGAGCUCCUCGAUGAACUCCAUAAAGACGUUUUGGAGUCCAGAGCUGAAGAAAGAGAGAGCGCUGAGGAAAGAUGAAGCCACAAAGAUGGCUGUGUGGAAGGAGCAAUACAGGGUGGUGCAGGAAGAGACACAGCAUCUUCAAUGCACCAUCCAGGCCUUACAAGAUGAGCUCAGGAUCCAGCGCGAUCUCAAUCAGCUCUUCCAAUCCGAUUACUCGGAGUCCGGGCGACUUGGCGCCCAGCCCAUUCCCCCUCAGGAGAUGACCGAGGAGAACUUCCUUCGUCUCCACAGCGAGUUCGAGCGUCAGGCCAAGGAGCUCUUCCUCCUGAGGAAGACUGUGGAGGAGAUGGAGCUGAGGAUAGACACGCAGAAACACACUUUGACCGCCAGGGAUGAGUCAAUAAAGAAGUUGCUGGAGAUGUUGCAGAGUAAAGGUCUGUCGUCACGGGCGACAGAGGAGGAUCACGAGCGAACGAGGCGACUCGCUGACGCAGAGAUGACCAUCCACCAACUGGAGGGGCUGCUAGAGCAAAAAGACAAGGAGGUGCUUCAGCUCAGAGAGGAGCUUCACAGGAGAUACGAAGCAGCACCAGAAUCGACGAAGACCAAGGCCCUGCAGACUGUUAUUGAAAUGAAGGAUGCAAAAAUCAGCUCCAUGGAGCGCGGCAUGAGGGAGCUGGAGGAGGAGGUGAUGAUGCUGAAGUCCAACGGCGCUCUGAGCAGUGAGGAGAGAGAGGAGGAGAUCAAACAGAUGGAGGUCUACAGAUCCCACUCCAAGUUUAUGAAGAACAAGGUUGAACAGCUGAAGGAAGAGCUAACUCACAGCCAAUCAGAGAAGGAGGAGCUAAGGCAACGAGCCAAUGAGCUUCAGCAGGAGGUGUCUGCAAUGGAGCAGGCUAAACAGGAGCUGAGUCGCAAAGACAGCGAGCUACUAGGUCUCAGGACCAAACUGGAGACUCUGAACAAUCAGUUUUCUGACAGCAAACAACACGUGGACGUCCUCAAGGAGUCACUCACUGCCAAGGAACAGAGAGCUGCCAUACUGCAGACCGAGGUGGACGCCUUGCGUCUUCGCCUGGAAGAGAAGGAGUCUCUGCUCUCAAAAAAGAGCCAGCAGAUGUCGGAGCUGACGGAGGAGAAGAGCACUCAGCAGGGAGAGAUCACUGAUCUCAAAGACAUGCUGGAUGUCAAGGAGCGCAAAGUGAACGUGUUGCAGAAAAAGAUAGAGAACCUCCAGGAUCAGCUGCGGGACAAGGAGAAGCAGCUGAGCGGUCUGAAAGACAGAGUCAAGUCUUUGCAGACGGACACGUCAAACACAGACACCGCACUGGGAACGCUGGAGGAAGCUCUGGCUGAGAAGGAGCGGAUUAUCGAGCGGCUGAAGGAGCAGCGAGAAAAGGAGGAGAGAGAAAAGGGAGACGAGAUGGAGACCAGUAAGAAGGAGCUGAAAGAGUUGAGAGAAAAAGUCUCUCAGCUCCAGGCUGAGCUGGCUGAUCGUGAGACGUCGGUGUUGGAUCUGAAGGAGAAGGCCUCCUCGCUUGCAUCCUCGACUCUAAAGAAGGAAAACAGGCUGAAAAGUCUAGAAAUCAACCUGGAGCAGAAAAAGGAAGAGUGCAUCAAACUGGAGAACCAGCUCAAAAAGGCUCAAAGCGCAGCAGCGGAGUCGCAGGCCAACGCUGAACUUACUGAACGCAUCUCGUCCCUGGAGCAGGAAGUGACCCGGUGCAGAGAGGAGGCCGGGAAGGCCCAGUCUGAGGUGGAGCGACUUCUGGAGAUCCUCAGGGAGAUGGAGAAUGAAAAGAACGACAAGGAGAAAAAGAUCCAUGAACUGGAGAGUCUUGCCUCAAGGCAAAUUAAGGACCAAUCGAAGAAGGUCGCCAACCUGAAACACAAAGAGCAGCUGGAAAAGAAUCGAAAUGCCCAGCUGAUGGAGGACGCCAAGAAGCGGGAGGACAACCUCAACGAAAGUUCUCAGCAAAUAAAGGACUCCCUCCGUCAGAAGGAGGAGCGCAUUGAGGAGUUGGAGGAAGCGUUGAGGGAAAGCGUUCAGAUCACAGCAGAGAGAGAGGUGGUGCUGGCCCAGGAGGAGCAGGCACGCUCACAUGCCGAGAAGCAGGUGGAGGACCUACUGGUUGCCAUGGAAAAGGUGAAACAGGAACUGGAGGUGAUGAAAGCCAAGCUGUCAUCGACCCAGCUCUCAUUGGCUGAGAAGGAAGGUCAUCUGACCGCCCUGCGAGCUGAGAGGCGGAAGCACCUGGAGGAGGUCCUUGAGAUGAAGCAAGAAGCACUGCUGGCCGCCAUAAGCGAGAAGGAUGCCAAUAUCGCUCUGCUGGAGCUCUCCUCAUCCAAAAAGAAGAAAACCCAAGAAGAGGUGUCAACCCUGAAGAGAGAGAAGGACAGCCUGGUUCAGCAGCUCAAACAGCAGACACAGAACAGGAUGAAGCUGAUGGCCGACAACUAUGAGGACGACCAUCUGAAAGUGGCAUCUCCAAACUCUGACCUGCCCAACAAUCACAAGCCCUCCCCAGAUCAGAUUCUCUCUCCUCUCCUGGACCUCAAUCAGAAUCGCAAUAAACUGAAGCUGUACAUAAGUCACCUGACCUCACUGUGUCAGGAGCGUGACCCAAUCAUAUUGCAGGACUUUGCCCCGCCCUCAUCUUAUCACCGCUCUGACUCCGCCUCCUGGCACACGCAGCUGCACAGCAUGUCAGAGGAGCAGUUGGAGGCGGAGUUAGUGUCGUGUGAGAAGGAGGAGGCGGAGCUCCAGGAGUACGCCAAUCAGGUCCUGCAGCAGAUCGCCGACCGGUGCCCGGACAUUUUGGAACAAGUCGUCAAUGCUUUGGAGGACAGCUGCUGACUGCCGUGUGCACGCACACGCUCACAGACUGACUGAAAAAAUAAAAAAUCACAUUCGUUAGCAUGCACAAGUCAAACAUUGAGCGUGAACACACGGGGGAAAAAAUUAAAUUAAAUAAAAAAUCACAUCUCCUGCAAGCCGCCACAAUCCUCCAUGAAAGAGAAAGAAAAUCAACUGUGCUCUAGUUGUUCUAAUUUAAGAGGAAUGUUGGUGUUGCAUCGCUACAGAAAAAUACAUUUCCAAUAUCAACAAACGGUGCCAGCUGAAGGAAAUGAUGUCCCGUGGUCAGUUUAAAGUACUUUAUUGGCAGAUUAAAUCAGAAUAGAUAUAUUUUUCUAACUCUUCUUAGAAAGAAAGCACUUGUGCUGCACUGACCAUCUGUUACACUAACCAUCUUGUAAGUUCUGGCUGGUGGCUGCGGUUCCACUCUGGGAAAAUGUUUUCAACCCGAGAAAGAGGCGUAAAAAAAAGAAAAAGUUCUUUGGGCUUGCCAGGCUGCUUCUGAUGCUAGACUUGCACGUUGUUGCCACAGUUGUUUUGAUCAGUUUGAGUGUGUUUAUUUCAGCUGCCUUUUGCUAUUUGCAUCAUUUGCUGCUACCUUUUUUAACCUUUAGUCAGUUUUUGCUCCCCUUUCUCUGCAGGUGUUUGAUAAAAAAAAAAUAUGUCCAAAUGUGUUCAGCACCUUCUACACCUAUAGGCAACCCUGGUAAGGAUUGGUAAAACAAAUGAGGGGUUUUUUGGGGGGUUUUUUUGCAGUAAUAUUUUUUUUUCUGUUCUGCCUUUUGUACUUUGUACACUCCUCUUCUGCUUAUCUGACAAAACUUAGUCCUCUAAUACAAGGUAGAAGCAUCUGGAGAUGGAGAUUAUGGGAGAAAGUUGACUUUGCCAAAAGCUUUGGCUCUUUAUAGUGUUAAAAUGUUAUAAAUGCAACAUUUUCUAGCAGAGAGACUUAUCAGAUUUCAUUUACGUGUUUGUAAUUCCAAGCGUUGAUGAUGCCAAUCAGCCUCAACGAGGUUUCCAGGGCCUUUGGAGGAGAAAACGGCAUCAUAGGUCCUUCACGUAUUUAAUUGUUUCGUGGCAAAUCUAAUAAUCAAUCCCACCACCAGAUUAAACCUGGAUUAACACUGUGUCCAUGUUAUAGAUAUGUAAAAAAUUUCAGCCACUUCAGAUAUUGGCAAGAUUAAGCAUGUAGCCAUUUCUGUUAUUCCAUAUUCAUGACUUUUGAAGAUCAAAAUGCAUAUGCCUUAAUAAACAUUUGUGCUUUUUUGUCUUUUUUUUUUUUCCGAACAGUAAAUAAAAAGGCGAGCUUCUGCAUCUUAAAAAAAGGUUUUCGGUAGAUUUAUUUUCUAGGUAAUGAUAUAUAUGUAUUUUUUUUUUUUUUUAGUUUUCCUCUGCUUAAAAAUUUUAUUUAGUUAAAAGCCGUUUUUGUCCUCCUCUACCAGGGAUUCGAUUUAAAGGUGGAAGGUUCUCUAGUUUCUUGUAAAUCGUUGUGUAAAUUGUCAAGCAGUACGUUUAAUUAACAUCACGACGUUUUAGUUUGCCAUUUAUCGUCGCGCGUAAUGGAAAAACCCGAAACAACAAUGAAUCUCGCAACAGGACCUUUACUCAAACACUCGGAUGUACUGUAAACGUGGAUCGCUUCUGUGAAAACAUCUUUGCUUUAGUUACGUCGUCCAGACUGAAAUCAGGUUGACUUCAAAUAAUUCCUCAGCAUAUCUUCCUCAUGACCGUCCCUUUAGAGUUUCUGAAACGUCAUUGUUUCUUUCUGAGAAGUAAGUGUUAUAUAUAAAUACAGAUAUAUUUUUGCUUGUUUCUUUUAAAAAUAUACAUAAAAGUAUUAGAUCUUGGUUGGUCUGCUUCAUAUGGUGUCAAACUCUGUUUCUUUUGUCAUUUUGUGAAUAGUUGGAUGUUUGUUAGAUUUUGUUUCCACCGGGAAGACUUUUCAGAGUUCUUGUUGAGUUCAACACUGACUGUCCAGAGGUGCGGAUUAUUUCAAGUAGACAUUAUUUCCCUUCUUUUGAAUCGGCUGCGUGAGUUUCCAGGCUGUACCUUAUCUGUCUUGAGGUUUUCUUUUAAAAUGUCACCUGGUUGGACACAAAGCUGGAAGACUUGGAUUUACGAUGCGUCCUCAAAUCUAACUGGUUUCGAAGGUUAUGCCUUUUGGACUCUUGAGCUGAUUUAUAUGCACGAAAGUCAGCCCUUGGCUUCUUAAAUGAAACAUUUAUUGAUCCCACAGAUUUUAUGGAUGGUUUCAAAAAACAUGUGUGUCUCAUUUAAGGAAGAGACCCAGUCAGAUUUGAGCUUGUAUGUAAAUUCCUUCUUCUGUUUUCUGUUUUUCUUCUCUUUUUUUUUUUCACUGAUUCUGUCCAUUACUGGGGAGGAUGCUGACUGCAACUCACUUCGAACUUGAGGAUCAAAAGAUCAGAAUGUGAGAGAAUGAAAUAAAUUAAUGCUUUAUCUUCA